GAAUAUCUGUCGCACAACAAAAUGGCGCUGCUCUUGGACAGCAGGCUCCUGCUGAGGAAAGUUAAAGAUUUAAGGUGUUUCACGCCAAGACGAAACCGAAUGAAGCAGAAAUGGGCCACCACACGUACCAAGCACCCUCCCACCAGUCUGGCCCUGCAGCACUUUGAUGCCACCUACGGCCCCCAGCUGGGGCCACUGUGGCCAUCAGUCCGAGUCGCCUUGCUGUCAGAGAGGAAAUACGGAGCCCUGAUCAAUCAUUUCUCCGAUAAUGCAGCUCUGGUGGACCUGGAAGCCCAGGGAUGCAGAGACUUCCCCAGUGACACAGAUACAGUGGCUCAGCCGUGCUUGGAGCGAGAAUCUGAGGUUGCAGCCGAGGAGGGAUCUGGUGGUGUUCCUUUGAAGAAGUCUGACACUGUUGGUCAGCAGCUUUCUCCUCUACAGCUCAGUCCUAACAUCAAGUGCUUUGUGUUUCCAAGAGGGAAUAUCACAAGAUUCAAGCCUGCUAGACCCGACAUGUUUGGGUUGUUGAGUUACUACCUGAUGGACGCAGCGUCUGUGCUGCCUUGUCUAGCGCUGGAUGUCCGAGAAGGUCACAAUGUGCUUGACCUCUGUGCUGCUCCGGGAGGCAAAACCCUGGCUUUGCUUCAGAGCCAGUCUGUAGGUUUCUUGUGUGUAAAUGACAGCUCAGUGUCUCGGACGUUACGACUGAGAAAAGUGCUGCACAGCUACAUUCCUAAGCCGUUUUUGACAGACGGCAAACUGCGCAUCACCUCCUUCGAUGGCACCAAGUGGGGGGAAAUCGAAAGGAACACUUUUGACAGAGUCCUUGUUGACGUCCCCUGCACCACAGACAGACACUCACUGAUGGAGGACGACAACAAUAUAUUUAGUAAGAGCAGGACCGGCGAGAGACGAAGGCUGCCGCAGCUGCAGCUGGAGCUGUUGCUGGCGGGAAUCGAAGCAGCUUGUCCAGGUGGGGAGAUCCUCUACUCCACAUGCACACUGUCUCAAAUCCAGAACCUGGGUGUGGUGGAGCAGGCCAUCCACUUGGCUCGGGAGAACCACGGCAUAAACCUUCAGGUUGUUGAUCUGCGACCCCUCACACACAUGUUUAGGAAAACCUUUCACUUCGCCCCCGACCUUGACCUGGGUGAGAUGGUCGUCCCACACUUAGCCGCUAACUUUGGCCCCAUCUACAUGUGCAAGCUGAGGAGGCUCACAUAGACUGUGUGGACUGAUGGACAGCUUUGCCUGAAAGCUUUUGGACAUUUGAAUGACUCUUUUUUUUUACUGCUUUAUGGACUAAUGAGGUGAUCCUCGUUUCUAUAUAUAAACUGUGAGUGUUGGAGCACAGUUGAAGGAGAUGUUUUCAUCGCGGUGACGGACUGUUGAAACAUUGGACGACAGAAUGUGACAGAAAACGCAAAGAAUCCAGUUGGAGGACCUGGACCGUGACAUUACUGUGGACAGCACUGAACUACAUUUUUUUUUAAUGGAGACUUUUGGACUCAACCAACAAUGAUGGCCUGUUCAAUUUAGGGGAUUCAGUAUUUUUCAGCCUGUGUCUGUGUGAGUAAUGUAGACCACAAUAUUUUUGAAACUGAUCCAGUAUUGAGUGAAACAGGUUGCAGUGUUACAUUGAUGGAUAAUUGCGCAUCGUCAAUUUACGUCCAAUAAAAGUGUUUGUUUUUGCCACUGACAGGCUCACACUGUUAUUGUAAGUGUCUGACAAUAUUAUGAAAAGGAUCCCUACAGAGAUAGACCUUUUGUUAAAGAGUAAGAUCCUUUUUGUUUGACCAGAAACAGCCCUGAAAUCACCAUAGCCAAACCCACCAGACUCCGUUUAAAUAAAGAGUAAUUUUAGCAUGUAUAGAGCCAGCAUGUUUUCACAUCUAACUGGGUGAAUUUAGGGUUUAUUUCAACCAAAACAGAGUUGGUAAAUGUUGGACCAGUGUAAAGAUGAACCAAGACAGUUUUUGUGAGUUUUAUUUUGUUUCUGGCGGCUUAAAAUGAACUGUGUGUUACAAUGAUAAAAUAACUGUUUAUUUAAAUGGAGUCUGGUGGGUUUGGCAAAAGUAAUUUGGGGCUUUAACAAAAAGGUCUAUCUCUGUAGGGAUCCUUUCCAUAAUGUUGUCAGACACUUAAGAAAACAAUCUGAGCCUGUCAGUGGCAAAAACAAGUACUUUAAUGGAUGCACAUUGAUGGUGAUCAAAUGCCCCAAGUGGUUACUCUGCAGCCUGUUUCACAUCUGCCGGCUGCAGCGCUCUCGCUCAAUACUGCACCAUUUUCAAAAACUUGUGUUCCCAUUACUCACUUAGACACAAAAACAUCGGAAAAUAGGAUGCAGGUUGAAAAAUACCAGAGUUACCCUUUAGGUUUGUCUUGUAUAAAAUAUCCUCCUGUGACUGUCAUUGUAAAGCACACUUCAUUCAGAGUUGAAAGACACAAAAUAAAACUCACAAAAGCCAUCUUGGUUUGUCUUUCCAGUGUUCCAGCAAUCACCAGCUCUAGUUUGUUUGAAAUAAACCCUCUAUACCCUGGCUCUAUACACGCUACAAUGACUGUUAAUGAAUUCAAAUGGAGCCUGGUGGGUUUGAUAAUGAGGAAUUUGGAGCUGUUUCCAGUUAAACAAAAAGGUCUAUCUCUGUAGGGAUCCUUUCCAUAGUGUUGUCAGACACUUUGAAUAACAAUCCAAGCCUGACAGUGGCAAAAACAAGCACUUACGGUGGAUGUAAAUUCACGUUGCACCAGUUCCCAUUGUGUGUGGCCUGUUUACUGCAGUGAACUUGCUUCAUACUGGACCAAGCUCUAUUAGACACUGUGACACAGAAACAUGGCAAAGUAGGGUCCAGGUUUAAAAGUUACCUUUUAAACUCUGAUUUGAAAACAUUUUUGGACUAAACUAUCUUGAACUGUAGUUUCAUUUCUCCCCUGUAGGAGGCAACAGUAGCUAAAGAUUCACAGCAUCCUGUACAGUGUACUCUGCUCCCACUAGAGGACACUGAGGAUGUGUCUGUAGAGGUUAUAUGUUGACAGGAGCUCCAGUACAGAGGUCCUCAGAGAUCACAUUACUGAAACACACAUUUCCAUCAGAAUUACCUGCUCUCUUUAACUCUCCACUGGAAAUGGGUUUGGCUUGUUCUAUGGUUAUUCAUCAGGUUUGAUGGCUUUGCCUAAUAACGCGAUAUGUGCGGAAGGCGGUCGUAAUGAACAGGCAGGUAAUGACGUAUUUGACCAUUUGGCUUCUCACAUCUGAAUCUGUGCAACUUUCAUUAUUAUAGCUGGAUUGACUCCGUUUUGCAUUGACAUCACUCAGAGGUGAAAUGUUUCCUCUUAUCACUGCCUAAUGUGAGCGCAGAGGUGCCUCUUUUUACCAUCACACCGCCGAUGACCCUUUAUGUUGUCCUGGCCAGGCAAUGUAGCGUGAAAAAGGUGUGUGUGUGUGUGUGUGUCUAACGAGUCCACCAUCCAUACCCACUGUCAUUAAGCUGCUCCAAGUGCAGGAGCCGACUCCCAUCCCCGUGCAGGGAUGGACGGCAGCCAUGCGGCUCCCAGAUGAACAUUAAAGAGGCAGCAGAGAGCUAAAAUGGGACGUCUCGCCCUGUUUUGCCCCUCCGCUUUUUUAUUCCACAGAUGAGUGCAGAUAAUUUCCUGUGCGAUUGUGAGUGAUUACUGUAUUACUGCGGUAAAAGGGGGAUGUAUCUGGGAAUGCAGAGGGAAUUAAUGACACAUAAAAACUAUUUUUGUAUUGACUGCUUUCGUCUCCAGGGCCUUGAAUGCCUCCUCGCACAUCUUGUGAUUACCUAAACGUAUUGUAAAUAUGUGUUUCCUAUGGGCUCUUACAUAAAUUUACAUGUUUUAACACUCAGGAGACGGCAGACUGUUAGAGAUGAGUUACUCUCCAUUCUGCCUGUCUAUAGACUCCACCGGCUGUCUGCUUUAUUAUUGAAUUAGCCAAUGAACCGCUGUGCAUUUGUGUUCCUGUGUGUAAGCCUGUGUUAGGGAGACAUAUGCUGUGUAUUAGAAAGAUGAAUAUUAUGGAUUUAACUACACAACCGUGCUUCUCUUGCACCUUCAAAUACAAUUUAAAUGUUGCUU